AAAAGAAAAAAAAAAUGUUCAUUUCUUUGUGGGAGUUCUUCUACGGGCACUUCUUCCGAUUUUGGAUGAAAUGGCUCUUGCGCCAGAUGACAGGAAAGUGUGAAUUGCAGCGAAUCUUUGAUACGUAUGUGCGAGCACAGAGGACACGGAGGAUAGAAAAUUCCUUGACCUACUCCAAGAAUAAGGUUCUGCGGGACGCGACGCUGGCUGUGGAGAGCGAGGUGGACAGGUGUGUGGAGGAGAUCAUGAAGGAGAAGAAGAUCCACCCCGAGAAGGAUGCCAGCUUUAAGAUCUGCAUGAAGGCCUGCUUGCUGCAGAUAUCUGGCUACAAGCAGCUCUACAUGGAUGUAGAGAACGUGAGGAAAAAGCCAUAUGACUCAGACAACCUGCACCAUGAGCAGCUGCUGCUCAAGCUUUGGAAUCUUCUCAUGCCCACGAGGAAGUUGAAUGCCCGAGUCUCCAAGCAGUGGGCUGACAUUGGCUUCCAGGGUGAUGACCCCAAGACAGACUUCAGAGGCAUGGGCCUGCUUGGGCUAAUCAAUCUUGUGUAUUUCAGUGAAAAUUACACUAAUGAAGCCCAUCAGAUUCUUUCACGUUCCAGUCAUCCAAAAUUGGGGUAUUCUUAUGCAAUAGUGGGGAUCAAUCUGACAGAGAUGGCCUACAGCUUGCUGAAGAGCGAAGCUCUCAAGUUCCACCUCUACAACUUCGUUCCUGGUGUCCCAACGAUUGAACACUUCCAUCAGUUUUACUGUUACCUUGUCUAUGAAUUUGACAAGUUUUGGUUUGAAGAAAAACCAGAAAGCAUAAUGUUUUUCAACAUAUAUAGAGAAAAGUUUCAUGACAAGAUUAAAGGACUCUUACUGGAUUACAAUGUAUCACUUACUUUGAAAACAUGAAUCAUCUACUCUACCUUCUAUUUCUACCACAUUUUGCACACACAACAGAAUUUAUAUGUUGUAAUAGAAACUAUCUGAUCACUUACACUCCUUAUCUAUAAUUUCCUACAAGAGUAUUACCGAAAUUCUAUCUAAGAAAGCUAGUGGACAAUCAGUGUAUGUUUACAGUCGCUGAUACACUGUUCUCCAAAGGUCCCUUCUCUUCCAAAGAUGCCCUCUGUACUGUCCCGGGAACUACAGACUCAGCCCACCUAGUGUCAAAGUCUGAAUCAGGUAUUUGUAUUAAGUUGGUCAGCAAAAAACACAGUGUGAAAAAUAAGUUCUCACUUUUCUGUGUCGAAGCUAUCAAGUUACUGUCUGUUAAGAUUUGUUGCUUUCUAAUUCCCUUAAUGUCAGUUUUCUGUUUGUUUUUGUAAGUUAGUUAACAGGAAGAGUAGUUCUUCACAGCUUAUUUUUGUCCAUUUACAUUUCAGUCACAUGAAUCGUUGGAAAAAUCAUGGUCUUUGGUUUGGCUUCUCUGAUUUGUCCUAAGUAGAUCUUCAAGAAUAAUGGUGGUAUUUCUGGCUAGCUGUUUCGUGUUGAAAUGGAAUACUGCACUUGAAAUAUCACAGAUACUUUUCUCUUCUUCCACGCUCACUUUGACCUGCUGUGCAGAAGAACCUUAGCUGGAGUUUGGUGUGAGGGCUUUAUUGGCGCUCUUCCUACAUGUGAUUAUAAAAAGAGAUGUGUAAUCAAUUGCUAAGAACAUCUUUCUUGUAUUCAAAGAGCAGUUUAAAUGAAGCUGUCUUUGAAGUUAAACAAGAGGAAAACUUAGGACUCUUUAAAAAUCUCAGUGAAACAUCAUUGGUUUCUCUGACUUUCUGUUAACGCUUGUUUCUCUUUGCUUUGACGCCAUAAUGUUUCUGCAGAAUGAUGUGGGGACCGGAUAAGUGUUCUUUGAGUUAGUAGUUUGUGGGAUCCUGAAGCAGCCUGAGGAGGAAGCCUGCAACUUGUCUGGCUUUUUCCUCAUAAACUCUCAGGAGGCCAGCAGGAGCUGUCCAGGAUUGUGUAGGGAGGAGAGUCUGGAAGGGUUUCUUUGGUUUCCUGGUGGCAUUUAUGCUCAGAGAAAAAAACACAUAGAGGUCGAAGAUAGGCUCAUCCGACUGCGAGUUUUCCUUAAGUCUUACAGAAACCAACCUAUUUGUUGAUGAAAUUUAGCACAUCUCUGUGUGUGUGUGCGCGCUUGCGUGCCAAGCGUGUGGAGCCUGGCUUUGCUAUGCAAGAGCAAGAACUGAGGCUUCCAAGUGUGUGUUCAUGUCUACUGACAAGCCUUUCUUGAGACUCUCCAAAGAGAAGGGUGGGGGACACCCCAUGGGAAGGCAGCAGUGCUGUGUAGCACACUCCCACACGGUGGGAGUGAGCGUUGAAUCAGCGGAUCUCAGCCAGACAGUGGUGUUCUCACUUUCCAGUAUUACACACACUUAGAUCUCGUUGUGGAGGAGACCUCCCAGACUUAGAGUCGUCACCUCUUCGGUGUUUGAAGCUCUGCCUCUGGCUAACGUGCAGGAGCACGCAGCUGAGCAGCUGUUGGUCGCUGAGAUGCACCUUGGGAAGGUCUUUGCUACCACAUGAAAGAGCCUUUGGCUUCACCUUACGCUGAAAAUCCCUUUACAUCUGAACCUUUCUGCAGCUGAGAUCGUGAACUGAUUUAAGCCGUGUGCUUCAGUGGUUCAGAUAUGAAAAGACUUGUGUGCGCGUGUGCUGUGCUGGGGCCUCACACAUGCACCGCUCUACUACCACUGGCUGACUUUUCAUUUGUUUUUAAAGUUCAGAUAGAGAAGAACUGAGAGGGGAGAGGUGGAGAGAGCAGGAGAAACACCACAGCACUGUUCCACCAUCUGUGGGACUUCCCCUGGUGCUGGACAUGUGCUCACAUGUGGUGUCAGGGCCUGGUAAAGAAAGCGCUCUACUGCGUGAACUCUGUUUCUCAGCAUGAAGGGAAAACGUUUUUAAAUAGUUAUGUUUGUAGAGAGACAAAAAAAAAAACCCUUUUCAAUAAUGUUAAAAUAACUCAUUAGAAAAUUUGCGCAAUAACAUCUUUAAAAAAUUUUUUUCUGGGGCCAGGCGGUGGCGCACCUGGUUGAGCGCACACAUUACAGUGCGCAAGGACCCGGGUUCAAGCCCCUGGUCCCCACCUGCAAGGGGAAAGCUUCACGAGCGGCGGAGCAGGGCUGCAGGUGUCUCUCUGUCUCUCCCUCUUUCCAUCUCCACCUCCUCUCUCAAUUUCUGACUGUCUCCAAUAAAUAAAGAUAAAAAAAUUUUUUUCUUUCCUUUAUUUAUAUUUGAGAGAUUUUAUCCUGAGACACAGAAGCCAGAGCUUCACACUGGUGCAGUCUGUGCUGGGGAUUGAACCAUGAACCUCAGGCCUAUAAGUGCAGUGUUCUGCCAGUUCAGCCAUCUUCCCAGCCACAGUCACCAGUUCUUUAAAUGCACCUCUGUCAUGCAGUAUAGAUACUGUUCUGGUUUUGCCUACAAUAAUCAGGAACCGUCUCAGGCGGUUGUAUGGUGAGCUGGUCUAAGAGCCACUCACACAGCCCAAGGUUUGCUAGUGUGAAGGCAAGCUAAUGUCGCCAGCUAUCGAUUGGAAUGGAACAGGAGGCUUUGAACUGACGUUUCUGUGACAUUCGUGAAAUGAACAUGUCAUUGGAUCUGACUCCCUACUUUUCCUUACUUUCAACAUAUGUGAGUUAGAAUUUUAUGUAGUUUUCAAAUCCAUAUUUAGAAUCGUAUGUGUUUCUGUAAUAAUAAAAUCCCACAGUAGUGAUAGACUUGAAGUAGCAGGAAAAUUAGGUUGUGGUAUCAAGAAAAGUGAAUCAUUGCUGAAAUGAAGUUUGGUCUGUGCCAGGUUGGAGAGGGCACCAGUGACAAGGGCAGAGGAAAGAUAACACUAUAAUGGUUGGCAUCCAAACGUGUCCUGGGAGACAACCUUUAAAGAAAUGGGGGAAGUCAGGGAAGACUGGUGAGCCCAGACCAGCCUCUCUCUUGGUAUAAAUGGUGGUUUGCAGUGAGAUAGAACCAUCAGUGUCUUACUGGUACCAGUUAGAAUUUAGCAGACCAAGUCUUUCUUUCCUUGAAAAUAACCUGUCCUGAUGUUUUCCUACUCUGAGAGCUACGUGGAUUUGUGUGUACUUUUCUGUGUGAAAAUGUGUGCACUCUUCUUGCUCCAGCGUGCGUAUUGUUUGUGUGCUGUUUCUCCCACCUCUGGGCCCAAUGAAGCAGAAGCUGGUCUGAGACACGUUUCAGGAAAGCCGCUGCCUGAGUGUGGACAGCGGGCGGGCUGAGCACUGCCAGGGCGGAAAGGCCGCACGCGACUGCGGCAGAGGAGAGAAAAGGUUUCCCCUGAAAGGCAGUGGUGUUUGUUUUUCCACCUGGAAUCAGUGGCUGGAGAGCAGUAGCUCUUUUCUCAGGAUAAAUGGUGCAUCUAGCUUCUCUACGAUCAAGUCUAGGGAGGCCUAAUUUCCAUUUUCGUAUUAUGAGCCUCUACAGAAAUAAUUUUUUUAAAUGAAAAUUAAUGGAAUUAUUUUAAAAAGAAAUCUGAAAGACAUUGCAAGUAAGCUUUUCUUUUCUGGCUUCAGUCAGAUCCGGUAAGACCGAGCUGCUAGGUCCCACCUAUAGGGUGAUUCUCUGUUUCUGUUUUAAAAUUUUUCAGAAAUCUAUUUAAGCAGUAGUUUUCCUUGGGUGGAAAAGUGCUGGUUGAUAGGUGAAAGAAGCAGAUUUCUGUCUACUUUGGAUAAAGCAAUUAACUUCUUAUGUAUAAAGCAAUAGCUGAAAUGUGAUGUCUUUUUGUUCAGAAUGUUGUGAGCAAAUAAACACGUUGGAAUUGUUAAAGCCUU